AUGGUGUGCACCCGGGCAGCUGCCUGCGGGUCUGAGGAGGACUGCGUGCAGGUGCUGGACUCCCUGUCCAGGUGCGUGAGGUGGGCAGAGGGCUUCCUCCUGGUCUACUCCAUCACCGACGGCAGCAGCUACCAGUCGGACCGACCCCUCUAACAGGACAUCCGCAAGCAUGCCCGGCAGGUGCAGGCAAAAAAGGGGCUGCGGCUGGCGAGCGAGCUGGGCAGCCUGUUCUUGGAGAUCUCCACCAGCGACGACUCCCAGGGCGUCUGCGACGUUUUCCAGUAUCUUUGCAAGGAGGUCAGCAAACUGCAGCACGCCGGCAGCGUGGACAGGAGGCGGUCGUCCAUCAUCCCCCGGCCCAAGUCUCCCAACAUGCAAGACCUGAAGAGACGUUUCAAACAGGCUUUGUCUUCCAAAGUCAAAUAA